AUGGUUUGGCUCGCCAAGACCUCUACGCUCGUUCUCCUGACUCUCCCUGCCAUCGUCUCCUCCAUUGCUCUGCCGCGAGACCCAAUUCCCGCGGCCAACGUAGUAUCAAGGCGAGAUGAAACCCAUCUGCCCAUAGCAUUUAGAGCCGUGUGCAAUGGGUGUUUUGAUGGCGCAGAUUCGGAAGUCGUAUUCAAUCUGGACAUAUUGAGCACAAAGUCGGUUUGUGGGGAGAGCAGCAUCCGUCUCAAUGGCCGGGUAUUGAACCUGACCUGGGACGGUAUUACCGCUGCCGGUGAAACCAGUCUUACGGCCAAACUUUCCAACGGAAAAGAGAAAGCAGAUUUCUUGCUGAAUUCCAGAGCUCUCUGUAUUGCUAGCCGGGAAAACUCUACUGAGGACUAUGCUGCCCAAAUACUUGCCGUCACUUUCUACCCGGCCGGCCGGGUCAAUGAAGACAAUGACACCUCUGGGUUUGCAUUUUCAUUCAACUCCGUAGGGAAGCCUGAGGUAUUUCGCCUGGUUACGUCUCCGGUUUCCUACUCCGCGCAGGAUGAGUCCUUCGAAUCGUGGUUGGAUUCUUCCGGCUCUGAUCAGUUCCAAGUGCAAAAUGGCGGCAUGAGCGAAGCUGGCCAGAUCGAUGACUUGGAGGAAGAGCUACAGCAACUGCACAAAUUGAAGCAAGAGGCCCAGAAGUUACAGAACCUCAUCAAAGACAAGGACGAGAAGAUCCGAACGCAUCUUCUUCAUAAUUGCAUGUGCCUAUCCUCGAGGCUCAAAAGUUGCAAGAAUCUUAAAUGUUUCGUUGAAGCUUCGUUCAAGUUCGUGCCAGGCAUUUUCCAGCUUAUGAAGUAUCGUUUCGGUACGCUGCCAUCUACCUUAGCCGGCAUCCCAUGUCGCCCGCUUGUGCGGGAGUGGGCGAACCAAACCUCAACUACCAACCUCGACCCGCCCUACACUCCCUCAAACAGCAGCCGAGUCACUAUUGGAAACAAGCCAGGACUCACCAUACAGCGGCUGCCGAAUACACCGGCCCUAAGUCGACCAUUCAAACCGCGGCCGAUGAGGCACAUGAUUGGAGAUGUUGCGGUGAUGGGCCUCCUUAUCGUCAUUAUUACGGUGCUUCUAAAGAAAUGCAAUUCCCUCUCAUGUCGACGUCGUCGUGUUGACUUGGCUGCAAGACGAGAAGAAAGGCGUACCCGCCAUGCAUAUCGAGCUGCAGCUUGCCGCUAUAAAAUGAGGCUAUGGUGGUCCGGGCUUCGGAGUUCCUUACUUGGAAUUCCGAAUACUCGGCCGUCUCCAACCCACGUUCGAUAUCAUGACCCAAACAGCGACCCUAAUACGUUUACGGGCGCAAGACGACCAGGCCAGCCAAGUGAGAGUACGAUGCGCAAUGAAAUUAUAGGAUUCCGACGAGCGCUUGAAUAUGUUGGGCAGCUCGUUCAUGUCAAUAAUUCAAACGGGCAGGAGGAUUCUGGCGACAUCGCAGAUAUAAAUGUUAGGAGAGGGCCAGCGGGUCCACCAACAGUAAUUUCCUCUGUUGCUCCGUUGCCGACGAUUGGUUCUCCAAGGACUAGCACGGUGUUUAGCUAUGACGAGACCGACGAUUCUGGGACGAUUGAAAGCAUUGAUCUGGAGACUGCAACUAUGUUAAGCGGAUGA